GGAGAGAUUCUAAUUUGAGAGGGAAUAUGAAGAGUAAGACUGUGAGAGUCUGAGGGAAUAUGAAGAAAGAAGAGAGAGAAAUCAGACUGAAGAGAGAGAAAGAUAUCCUUUAAUCACAGUUAAAACCAGUGCUAGAGUUAGGUUUAGGGUUAGGGUUUUCAGUCAUCAAUGGAGUCGAGCACACGCCAAACUGUCGCUAAACCAGGGCUGAGAAAGCCAGUGUUCACCAAGGUCGAUAACCUCAAACCGGAAACGAACGGUCAUACACUCACCGUGAAUGUUCUGGACUCGAACACUGUGUUGCAGAAGGGUCAGUCGGUGUCUCAACACCUCCGCAACACUCGCAUUACCGAAUGCCUCGUUGGCGACGAAACUGGCACGAUUCUCUUCACUGCGCGCAAUGAUCAAGUUGAUUUGAUGAAGCCAGGUGCAACUGUUAUCCUCCGAAAUGCAAAGAUUGUAAUGUUUAAGGGAUAUAUGAGGCUAGCAGUUGACAAAUGGGGUCGUAUUGAGGUCACUGAACCUGUCACAUUUUUGGUUAAAGAGGACAAGAAUCUCUCUAUGGUGGAGUACGAGUUGGUGAAUGUGGCGGCAGAGUGAAUCGGAUCUUUGCAGCCUAUAAAUAGAGAUAUAGAAAAGCUCAGAAAUCUAAAUGAUGCAAAACUUGGUUUCACUCUAAUUUCUAUUGCCAUCUGCUACUGUUCAUAUUUCCUUCUUUUAUCAGAUAGAUUAGAUGGUUUAAAGUUUGUGCACAAUUGUACUGAAAUCGGCUUUUGUGAUGAUACUUCUUCUAGUAUGACAACCAUGGAGUAAGAUUUGUCUAGUAUUAGCAGGGAAACCUGUUGUUGGUGGAUAUGGAAUGGAAGUGUAAAAAGAAAGAUUCUUGUGCUAAUGAUAGGGAUACUUUUGCUUCAA